GCACUAAGUUGUUUUCGAGUUCUUCUGCCAUGAUGAAGUGUUUAUUAAAGCCGUCUCCGCUUGUCCUAAUCUUCAUAUUCAGCUUUACGCACGCCGGUAACGUGCUCGUUUUACCGGGCGAGUACAGCCACUGGCAGAACAUGAGGAACGUAGUGGACGAGCUGCUGAAUAGAAACCACACAGUAACAGUUCUGGUGUGCUCGGCCUCUCCAACAAUCAACUUCACCCAGCAGGAGAGGUUUCAGUAUCUGGUGUUUGAGGUGCCUUUGAGUGCGCAGGAGUUGGACGGAGCGAGCGAAGAGCUGAUCCACAUCUGGACGCAGCAUCCCAGUCCAAACCGACUCCAGACCGCUCUCCAAAUCAUAGAGCUGCUCGGGAGAGUGCGCGUGAUGCACCGGGCAAUGUGCGACUCCAUGCUGCGUAAUGACGCGUUAAUCGGGCAGCUGUCCGCUUUAAAAUUUGACGUGCUCUUCAACGAUCCUAUGUUCAUGUGUGCCGAUCUGCUGGCUGAGAUGUUGGAUCUUCCUUUGGUGCUUUCUGUGCGAAUUUCACCGGGGUUUUGUUUGGAGAGGAUGUGCGGACAGAUGCCCGCUCCGCCGUCUUUUGUACCGAUCACUCAGACGGUUUUGACGGAUCGCAUGUGCUUCAUGGAGAGAGUGCAGAACAUGAUCGCCAAUAUUGUUUUUUCCGUCUCGUUUUACAUAGUGGCUUGGAUAAGUUUGGAUAGUUACUACACUGAUGUAUUAGGUAAACCCACAACUAUGUGUGAGACCAUGGGAAAAGCAGAUAUCUGGCUGAUAAGAACGUACUGGGAUUUCGAGUAUCCGCGUCCAUUCCCACCUAACUUUAAGUUUGUUGGAGGACUGCACUGCAAACCCGCCAAACCCCUGUCUAAGGAAAUGGAGGAGUUUGUUCAGAGCUCUGGAGAUCACGGCGUCGUUGUUUUCUCAUUGGGCUCCAUGAUUAAAAACCUGACAUCGGAACGAGCCAACACUAUUGCUGCUGCUCUGGGCCAGAUCCCGCAAAAGGUUGUUUGGCGUUACAGUGGGAAAACUCCAGAAACACUGGCUCCCAAUACUAAAAUCUACGACUGGAUCCCACAGAAUGAUUUGCUUGGUCAUCCAAAGACAAAGGCUUUCAUCACUCAUGGUGGCACAAAUGGACUGUAUGAGGCUAUUUAUCACGGUGUCCCGAUGGUGGGUUUGCCACUGUUUGCUGAUCAGCCUGAUAACCUACUGCACAUGAAAACCAAAGGAGCUGCUGUAGUCCUUGAUAUCAACACACUGGAAUCCAAAGACCUGGUGGAUGCUCUGAAGACCGUCUUAAAUAACCCAUCGUACAAGGAGAGCAUCAUGAGGCUGUCCAGAAUCCACCACGAUCAGCCGAUGAAGCCGCUGGAUCAGGCCGUGUACUGGAUUGAGUUUGUGAUGCGGAAUAAAGGAGCCAAACAUCUGCGAGUUCAGGCGCAUGAGCUGAGCUGGUAUCAGUACCACUGUCUGGAUGUAGCGGCCUUCUUACUCUCCAUCACCGCUCUGAUCACAUUCCUCUGGGUUAAAACAUGCUGCUUCCUUUUCCGCAGAUGUGUCAGGAAAACCCAUCCUGAGAGGAAAACACAGAAGAGUAAAAAGGAGUGAAUGCAAACUGCAGUCCAAUAGUGACCAGAUAAUUCCCCACAGAGAUGCAGUAUGUGUGUCAGUGGUUGUGCAAAUUGUGUGUGUGUGUGUGUAUUGUGAAUUGAGAGUGCUUUUAAUCAAAUAAAUGCAUGUGCAUUUAUAUGUAAAUAAUAAUUUUGUGAACAUUAGUUUAUUUUUUUUAAUUCUGUUUAUUCGUCUGAGCUUUACACAGAGACUCCUGCUAGUAGAUUAGUGCAUAUUUUUGGGGAACUUUCAGACGAUCAAAAUCUAUAUAGAGCGGGGAAAUAAAUAUUGAACACAUGUUGUCAUGUAUUUUUCAGGGAAUAAUAUUUCUAAAGGAGCUGCUGACAUGGAAUUGAGGGAGAUUUUGGUAAAAACCCAAACGAUAAAGACAUAACAAUAAAACAAAACAAAUCUGAGAAAUGAGUUGUGUGUAAUAACACUGACAGAAGGAGAAAGCGCUGAACUACUGAAA